ACAAUUAUUAAAUAUUUCUUUAUCUUCUUUUCAAAACUCUUCAAGAUGAAUAUUAAUGUUACAUUAUUUUGGGUUAUUGUUAUAUAUGUAAUUUUCUUGGAUUUUGUUAAUGGUUUAUCUGUGAGAAAUGUUAUUGAUUCUCCUUUAUUAACAGAGAAAAUUGGUACUAAUCACACAAUUAUAGUGGAUUUAAAUGGACAUGGGAAUUUUAAAUCUGUUCAAGCUGCAAUUAAUUCAAUUCCAGAUGGAAAUUCAAAUUGGAUCAUUAUCCAUGUUAGAAAAGGGAUUUACAGAGAAAAAGUGUAUGUACCACCAAAGAAGUCUUACAUUUUCAUGAGAGGCAAUGGAAAAGGAAGAACAUCAAUUGUAUGGUCAGAAAGUUCCAUUGAUAACACAAAAUCUGCUACUUUCAAAGUUGAAGCUCCUAAUUUUAUUGCCUUUGGCAUUAGCUUCAAGAAUCAAGCAUUUAAUGGUGUAACAUCAACCUCACAAAACCAAACAUCAGUAGCAGCAUUGGUUGGAGCAGACAAAGUUGCAUUUUAUCAUUGUUCAUUUUUGAGUACACACAACACACUUUUUGACAAAAAAGGAAGACAUUAUUAUGAAGAUUGUUACAUUCAAGGUUCAAUUGACUUCAUAUUUGGAAGUGGUCAAUCUUUAUUUCAAAAUUGUGAGAUAUUUGUAGUUGCAGAUAGAAGAGUUGAUAUACGUGGUUCAGUGACAGCACAAAGUAGAUUUAGGGACAAAGAAAAUAGUGGAUUUGUGUUUGUUGAAGGGAAAGUGUAUGGUGUUGGGGGUGUAUAUUUGGGAAGAGCUAUAGGGUCUUAUUCAAGAGUUAUUUUUGCAAAAACUUAUUUCUCCAAGACAAUUGUACCUCAAGGAUGGACUAAUUGGAGCUCUCCAGGGUCAACAAGGAAUUUAUAUCAUGGUGAGUACAAGUGUAGUGGACCAGGGUCGGCCAAUAAUGGUAGAGCUUCAUGGUCAAAGCAACUCAAUGACAAAGAAGCCAUGUCAUUCACCUCCAUUGAAUUUAUCCAAGGCAAACAAUGGCUUCCUGCAUGGAUUUAAUUUAAUUUAAUUUAUUAUUAUUUGAAGUUAAUAUAUAUGUAGAAGAUUAAUUAAAACUAGAGGCGGAGUCGGAAUUUAAAGACUGAGGCAGGAAAAGGCCUCGGCAUUGAUCCUUCUACCACUAGGCGCAGUAUGGUACUGUAGCUCCGCCCCUGAUUAGAACUAUAGUACUAGUCAUGAGCCAGGGGUCUAUCAUAGACAAUAUUUCUCUCUUGCCUCUGAGAUAGAGGUAUGAACUACGUACAUUCUACACUGUACGUUGUUGUAAUUAGAAGUAUAUUAGUAAUUAUUAGCCAUGAAGUGCAUCUCUUAAUUGUAUUUUAUGAUGCCUCUGGCUAAACAUUUUUGCCUAUUGAAAUUGUUAAUAAUAAGUAUUUGUUGUAUAA